AUGAUUAAUGCCGAGACCGGAAAGAGUUUCUUGAACGACUGGGAUUUUGCUAAGCUUGUCGAAAACCCAGGAGAGGCCACUGCUUCGGAUCGCUCAGGAACAUGGCCCUACAUGUCGGCGACAUUGCUGAUGUUCCCCCUGAAGCCAAAUCAUCUGUUCGAUGAUCUGGAAUCAUUCCUCCACGUACUGCAGAUGCUUGGCAUGCGCUUCCACCUGCAUUCCCACUCCAGCACAAAAAUGGUCACCUCGGGAGGCAGAAGCUCCAAAGUCUACAACGCGGUGGCGAAUGCAAAAAACACACGGUUUGCUACCGUCCUCCGGAGCCUCUGUUUUUUGGCACACAAGUGGGGUCAAAAUUUUGUCGGUGGCCAAGAGAAGUACCUUUACUUGUCACUCGGGGAGCCUCCCGUCCUUUUCAGUGGCCCUUCCCGCCCAUCAGGCGCCCUUCCGACUCUGGUCUCAGAGUGGCACAAGCUGUUCUCACAGCACUACGGUACUCUCGAGAGAAUGACAUGGGAAGCUCUCUGGGGCGAGCUGCACAGAGAGGUGCCAGUGUCUCAGAGUGUUCGAGACUCCGUAGCGAAGUGCACCCUCUCCAAGAUGACACACGAAGAUCUGGACGGUCCAUGGAGAGCCGUGCUUGGCGACGAAGCGUUCCUAGACUCUUCGGAACCAAAGACAGAAGACCAGCUCGAAACUUUGCCCUUGCCCGAUGGUACUCCCUUCAUGAAGGUUUCAACUGGAAGCAAGAAGCGGUCCGUAAUAUCCAUGUCGAGCUCUGGGUAG